AUGAGUCAGCUAGCCGGCCUCUUUCUAAUGUACGUGGAAGAAGAGGACGCAUUUUGGUGCGUGGCCCAACUACUGCAUGGACCCAGGCACCAACAUCAUGCAAUUUUCGCGGAUGGUUUUCCCGGUCUACUGCGCCUGUUUUCACAUCACGAGAAAAUUCUCAAGCGUUUCCUGCCCGACUUGGAUCAUCAUUUUUCACGACAGUCGGUUCUAACCAGCACUUAUGCAGUGAAGUGGUUUAUGCAGUGUUUUCUCGAUCGGGUAACUCUCGACUAG